GUCACGUAGUGUAAAAGGUUCGGUCGUAUAUUUCGAUAGUUUUCCUCAAAUGUGUUGAAUGUUUUCCUCUCGUUUGGUGUUACGGUUUACGUUUAAUUGUUGUCUAUAAUUUAAAAAUCGAUUGUCGGUGGAAGAAUAUGAAUGUUUUACGCGUUUCUAUCGACUGACGCCCAUUCAACACCAGCUGUUUCCUCGCGAUGCAAAGUGGUUCUUGGAUGCGAAAAGAAAACAAAAAAGGAAACCCCUAAUCGACGGUGGUAUACUGUAUGGAAUGCAAAUAUCGCACUUCAAUGCCAUUUCCAGCGGAUGCUUGCAGUAACAAUCGGUACCACAAACCGCUCCGAAAAACGAUGGUUGUAUAUAUUUCGCAAUAUUCGCGAUCGUCAUCAUUGCUUGCUGAGUGGGAUUGAAGAUUGUUCUUGAAGUAGUGGGACUUAUCCUGAACGUGUAUGCUUAAUGUUACUGUGUUAAGUGAACCUCGGUAUUCAUAACAAAAGUUCAACCAACAAAGUUGCAGAUUUCCCGGCUGUUCUCGAAGGUAGUUACGAGGGCAAAAAUACUCGCCUCCUCCAAUGUGGUUCGUUGUGCAGUGUUUGUGCAAAAGCGCUGAAUGGUGAAGAUUGAAAAUUUAAUUGGAGGCUGCGAUUCCGUCCUCGAAGUUGUAUAUGCGCAUAGUUAACGAAACACAACAGCGCUGUGUUCGCGACGCCGGGGUCAUCGACGGUUGCACCUCUUGGUAGUGUUUUAUGCGUGAGUCAGUCGGUGGUGUUUAUGCUCGGUGAGCAUCGUUUCCGGUGGCCGUCAAAGUGGAAAUCGUAUGGUGCCGUAAAUUUCUCGCCCUCCCCCGGUCCACUGCUUCUUGGGGUGAAUAAUUUGUAGAUCAAAUAUUUUCUCCGGCAAGCCAAAAGUGCACCUCUUUUAGGGCUAUCCAUCAUCACUACGCGCGUGUCACGGCCUACUGGAUCGGAGCAUAAACAAUUCAUACGCCUUCCUCUGGUUCGGAGUUGGUUGCCGGAGACAAAGAAAACAUAAAGAAAGCUACCGGACCUUCCUAACACCACCACGGCCAAGAUGACGAACAUGAGACCGCCGAGUAAAAACAUACUGCUAAAAGUGGUCAUUCUCGGUGACGGCAAUGUCGGGAAAAGCUGCCUCAUGAAUCGUUUCGUCUCAAACUAUUUCGAUGCAAACAGCUUUCACACGAUCGGAGUCGAGUUUCUCAACAAAGACCUCCAGGUGGACCAGAAACGCUACACGCUGCAGAUCUGGGAUACGGCCGGUCAGGAGCGGUUUCGUGCGCUGCGAACACCUUUCUAUCGCGGCACCGACAUUUGUCUCCUCACGUACGCCGUCAACGAUCGGCAAAGCUUCAAAGCGCUUGCUAGCUGGCGCGACGAAUUCCUCCGAUACUACGACGUCAACCCGGAUCGCUUUCCGUUCGUCGUAGUCGGCACCAAGAACGACCUGCCGGCAGCGCAGCGUGAAGUGCCGGCCGAGGAGGUGGCUGAAUGGUGCCAGGAGCACCACGUUGCUGCGUACAUCGAAACGUCGGCCAAAACUUCCGAGAAUGUAGCGACCGCGUUCGCGCUCGCCGUGCAGCAGUGGCAAAAGUUCGAGCGGACCACCGAGCGAGAACUGCGCGCCCAGAGCCAGGACACGAUCGAUCUGAUGCAGAGCGUCAACCUGAACGCAAAUAGGAACCGGUUCUGCUGUGCUGGUAUCGGUGGCCGUCCCGCAGCUGGUCUGCAGGAUGACGACGACUAUCCGAACUGAGGGGCAACAGCGGAACCGGCAACGAUGAAGGGACUUGGGGGAAGCAGAAAUUCCCCACGGAGAGGGGAAGAUUCCACUAUGUGAUAAGAUAUCCUCCAAGGGAGAGCCUCGAAAGAGAGGAUCGCUAGGAAGCUAGACUCUUCCUCCGUACCGUUUAGGAUAAGAACACAAAAGUUGGUUACACUAUAAAAAAACAAUAGCCUAACUCGCUUGGUAAAACUCGUUAGGGGUACAUAACGGGAGGAGGUUUCAAGAGGGGAAAAACCUGGAAAAAUAGUAGAAACAUUAGUCGGCAAGAGAAUAAGGGGAACUAGGGUUUUUAUUGCAAUUUUCCUCUGACAUCAAUCGACUCACUCUCGCUUAUGGAAACAGAUCAGACGCUGAUGGCCACCCUUUUUUAUACAGACUCCAUCCCACAUAUUCUAGUUGCACUGGUUGGCAUGCUGGGGGAGGUUUUUAUUCACACCUCAUUGCACAUGCCAAUGGGUGGUUCCAAUGCUUCAGCCCAAGUACAAAAGUACUUUUGUAUGAGCAUCAGCAGAACAAUCGAGUGGAUUGUUCCUAAUGGCGGAGUACAGACUGCUGGAUUGAUGGAAUUGAACACGUUUCACUUUGUUGUUUUUAAAAGAGUUUUAGUUUACUUUCUUUUAUGAAAGAUAUAGUAAAAGCAACAUUUAGUCUGAAUGUUUAACUGUACGGUGCUGUAUUGCUUUUUAAAAUAUUAUUGUAUAUUCUGUUUGUGAACAACUUUUUGAUUGAUGUUUGUAUCCCAUUGAUUUGGUUGUGUUUUUAGACGAGAAGCGUCAAUACAAUGUUUUCCUCGUUAUUUUGAUGCAAAUUUUUGGUACCUGAUAUAAUUGCACUCUUUAUUGUCGAGCUGUACGAGGCAAUGGGUUAUGACAAUUUUCGUCGCGCAAUCGGAAGACUGCUACUGUAGGCAAUAAAAUUGCGUUUUAGCGAGACCCCUCUUGAAAGUCGAUUCGACGCCCGCAUGUAGGCAUGGGCGAAACAUUGAGAUUUUAACACAUAACGUAGUAACAUAGACCAAUAUGCCCCAACAAACGCACCCAACUUAACAAUCCGACACCCCUACAACACAUAGUAUAUGUUAUUUUAGGCCACACACCAUACACACCGUUGAUUUGCUUUCAGCGACUGUUUCGUACGGACGCUUGUAUUAGAUUGGUACGUAAUUUAGGUUGAUUUAUUUAAUUUACCAGUAAGGCAUUGCAGCGGUCUGUAAAAAUAAUUCUGCGUGUAACAAAACUAGCAACUAAGGUUCGCCAGCACCUUUGGCCAUUAACUAUGUUUUCGUUAGGAUAAUAGUGGUCGUUUCUAUUAUUUGUUUGUAUUUUAAAACACCACCGUUUUCUAGCGCAACGCAAUGCAUCGACGACUUUCCGGUUGUGUGGAAGAGAUUGUUUUUUUCCGGCUCGGUAUUAGGUAGGACAACGAAGGAUAAAGGGGUACACAGCAUCUGUAGCUAGUUUCAGGAUUUGUGCAACGGAUUGGCUUAAGUCAACGAUGGGGGAGAUUAUUGGGAAAGUGUGUUGCUAAAGCGAUUGGGCUCUGGCCAGCCUUUUUUUUGCGAUAGAAAAAAAAGACACGUGAGGUGCGGUGCGUACAGAUGGUAGGGGUAACGGUGAGAUGUAAGGCUAUUUUUGUAAGCAUAUUAAAACACUGUGCGGAAACCUUCACUUCGGUAGAUUCACUUGUAUAAUAAAUCGUAUAAUGAAAGUA